UAUUUGCCGUGAGGCCCUCCGCGCGUAUCCCCACACGAACCAAACCCUAAGCCCUGCAAAUCCAUUCUCCAAAUCCACCAGCUCGAGCUCUAAAUCUCCGUCUUUCCUUUGUUCUUCCCACGGAAAGAGAAACGAGUUGGAAAGCUGGAACUUUGGAGCAUCUCAGUGUUGAUUGAAUCCAUAAAUCAGGUAAAAACCAACCUUCUUGCUUGUUCUUGCUUGAAUUCAAGAUGGUUUUGCUACUCAAGAAGCUUUUCAGAUCAAAUAUCUUGUAUUCAUGUACCUUUCGCUUCUCUACUACUACCAUAAUCCAUAGCAAAACAGUUCCCAAAUCCCAUUCCAUUGUGGUGGACUACCUGUUGAGCAGACUUGGCUUCUCUCCCGAGAAAGCAGCCUGGGCCUCCAAGCACCUAAACCAUCUCAAAUCCCUUGAAAAGGCUGAGACCGUGUUGUAUUUCUUGAAAAGUUAUGGUUUUGAUGAAUCCCAGAUCAAAAAGCUUGUAUCUUUGUAUCCGCAAGCUCUCUGCUGUGAUGUUGAGAGGACCUUGAAGCCAAAGUUUGAAGGUUUACAGGGUCUUGGCUUCUCAGGGCAGGAGCUUGCACAUCUGAUCCUUUCCAAUCACAUGGUCCUCAGGUGUAAUUUUGAGCGCAAUGUGCGGCCAAAGAUCGAGUUUUGGCGAGGCAUCCUUGGCUCUGUCGAGCUUUUGUGCAAGUUAUUUAAGGCAAAGCAAUGGCUGCUUAAUGCCAGUUUGGAGCUGAGAGUGCUACCAAACCUUGCAUUGUUGCGAGAAGUUGGUGUUCCAGAUGAGAGGAUAACUUUGAUUGUGCAGAGACACCCGAGACUCGUUUUCCAAAAGCCCGAUUAUUUGAAGGCACUAGCUAAGAAGAUUGAGGGAAUGGGGAUACCUCAUGAAUCAAGCAUGUUUGUGUGGGCUCUUAGCAUUCUUAUGAAAAUCACCAUGACCAGGUUUCAUGCCAAAUUGGAGUUUAUGAAGAGCUUGGGAUGGUCUGAGGUGGAUUUCCUAUCCGCGUUUCAGAAAAAUCCAAUAUUUUUGACAGUUUCUGAGACCAUGAUGAAGAAAAAGAUUGAUUUCUUAGUGAAUGAAGCUGGUUGCAAGCUAUCCAAGCUUGCUCGUGAUCCAAGACUUCUCAUGUUUAGCUUGGAUAAGCGGCUGGUUCCUCGGCAUCAUGUCAUGCAAGUCUUGAAAUCAAAAGGGUUGUAUAAUGGAAAUUUUAGCCUAGGGUACAUUAUGAGUUACUCGGAAAAGAAGUUUGUGAAGAAGUAUCUCAUCUCUCACGAGGAAAAGGUUCCCGAAUUGCUUGAUUGGUAUAUUGCCAACAGCAAAGGAGGAGCACAUUCUAAUUCUGGACUGAAACAAAAAGAGAAAUGAGUGUUAAAGUGAGGCUAUUUCAGAUGCUAAUUGAGACAUUUUGGGAGAUCACUUAUCCUUUGGAGCUGUUAAUGAUUCCUUUCAUAUACCUCUCAACACUAUUAACUAAUUUCCUUUUUGACGUAAUCAUCUCCAACAUGUUUGACAAAGGCGAGCUUACACUGUUGUUCAAGUGAAGAAAAAUUUGAAAUUGUUCAAUGUACCAUCAGGGUGAAAUCUUCAUUUCUGAUACCUUUUCGACUCUUUCGAUGUUAUGAAGAUUUUAUGCACAGAAUUGCACAUUUUAGCUCUAAAUUUCUAUUUAAUUGGAAACAACAGAAGCACAAUGUAAAUCCAGAAAUUAUUAUAUUUUGUUGUGCAAAAUGCUGGGAUGUUUGUUUGUUCAUUGGUACCUGACAAGCUCUUGAUAAUUGAUCAAAUGCAGUAAUUAUUUUG